CCAGCACCUCAGUGAGACCCCAAGUCCACAAUCAUGUCCGGAGACACUGCUUCCUCCAGGACUAUAUUUUCAAACAUUGUUCUCUUAAUGGCUGACAUCUGGUCUGGCAAACGGCAAGGUGUGCUAUGGAGCAAAGUGGGACCAUACAAACUUUUUGCCAGAGACCUGCAAAAUCUGGCACCUGGAAGGGAACUAGAGAGUGAGGUUUUGAAUGCAUUCAUUCAUGUCAUCAUUCAAAAGUUACAACAGGAAAGUUUGAAAAGGUUUUAUCUUGUUGACUCCUUUGCAAUGACUGCUCUGUGGCAUGGAUCAUGCCGUGGAUUAAAGAAGGUUGACCCAAUGGCCUACAAUGUCCUCUUAGGUCCUGUGUGUGACAACAGACAUUGGACACUUGUGGUCCUUUAUCCAAAGGAGAGGCGUGCAGUUUACAUAGACCCUCUAGGAGAAACACCUGACCACAUAAUCAAAUGCAGGGAUGUAACACGAUUGAAAAUUGUCCGCUCCAGAAUCGGGUUCAGAUGUCUUUGUUUGGUCUGCUUGUGUGUGUUUCACACUUAAAAGACACCUCAGGAACAGACAACUUGAUCUCCCUCUUCAUCUGCAGGCACUCCUGCAGUUUCUUCCAAUGUCGCUUUACCCUCUGAGGACGCUGCAAAGUGACCUAAACUGCCACGCAGCCUGCAGUCACCUCAGCCUCUGCCGCCACGCAGCCUGCAGUCACCUCAGCCUAUGCUG